AUGAGCCACCUCAAUCCAGGACUCAUUUCGGCCUACAACAGCCUCACAGACAAACACCUGGCUGGAUACUUCAGCAACACUCGGAUCAGGAGACAUCUCCAGAGGGCAGGACUGAUCACCAGGAGUGGGCGUAUUGUUCCAGACAAGGAGUACAGACACAAACUGAUCCAGAGAGCUCAUCAGAGGCACGUUCGAGAAUGCUUGGCCCAGGCUAUUUUCCACAAAGUGCUGGAGAUGGAGCGUCUGCAUCAAAUAGAGAUCAAACGCAAACUGGAGGAGUUUGCAAGGAGGGAAAGAGUGCACAAGAUCAAGGUGGAGCGCUCUAAAAGGUAUGAGGAAGACAUCAUUCGCAUACUGUCCCCACGUCCACCCACUGGCGUGAGGGGCUUCCAGAAGCAGCACUCUGGACCAGAGGGAGAGCACUCCGAGUCCUCCGAGUCGCCAGGUUCAUCUCGACCCAACACGGCUCCAGGGAAGAUGCAGAGGCCCGUGCGCUUGAAGCCGAUUCACAGUAACAGCACCACAGCUACCGUCAGGCGCAGCUCGCCUUACAGACUCCUCGAGUCUUCUCAUGGGAACGAACAGCCGUUCAACUGCACUAUGGACAAAGAGUCCCGGAGACGUCUGACUCCGAUGGAGGCCUCGCAUGGCAUCUCACCCUACUGCCUCCCUGUCAUCAACAACUUUGUCGCCCCAGCGCCUCCUGCCACCAAGAGGAAAGACAGGGGGGUGAAGCUGACUCGCAGCAGCACCGUCAGAGGCCGCAGGCUGCGUCCGACCACCGCUUCCAGUGGCGCCGACAUCAGUGAGGACCCCCCAAUGCUGAGGAGCUCUGUUCACCAGAGCAAAGUUACUGUAAACAUGGUUUACUUUGGCAAAACAGUGCACCUCUCUCCUGACCUGACAGACAUGAGAGACGAUGUCAAAGUGUUUCAGCAGCACUGCGGAGGAGAAAACCUGUGUGUGUUCAAAGGAAAGCUCCGUGAAGGAGAGUUGUUCCAGUUCAUUUCAAGGCGACACCGAGGUUUUCCCUUCAGCCUGACUUUCUUCCUGAACGGGCUGCAGGUGGAGCGGCUGAGCUCCUGCUGUGAGUUCAAACACAGGAAGGGCUCCCGACUCGGCGGCAGGCACGGACACUUUGGUUUUUCUGGUGUGGAGGGGGCAUCGCCCUGCUACAAGUGCAUUAUUGCAAUGGGCCUGGACAAGAAACCAACUCCUCCACCAAAACGGGUGAAAGAGAACGCAGGAAGGGACCAAUCAGCGAGCAGCACGAAAGACUCACCAGAGGUGGAGACGGAGAGGAUGGUGGAAGAUGCUGUUACCCACUCAGACUGUGAAUCCAGUCAGCCUCGGGACAUGGAGACGCAGGUUGAAGAAGAAACAGCACGUGAGGUGGAAAAAGUCAGAGAUGAUUAUGAAGAAGACUUUGAAGCAGAUGACGAAGGGCCUGCAGAGAACGAAGAUGCUGGAGAGAAGAAGUCUCCACCCCUUCUGAGUGAAACUGAGAGGCAGCUCAGAGACAAAGACGUUACUGAGACUGAUUACGAUGAGAAGGAUGAAGACAUAAAGUCUCGCUGCGGCUCCAGCUCCGUAGGCAGCGAUCAGGAGGAGAGUGACAACGAAGCUGCAAACAACCCCAAAGAGGAGGAGAAAGCAGAGCAACCAGAAGAGGUCAAUCAAGAAGAAAGCGUUUCUGUAUCAAAUGAAAAAGAGGAACCGAAUCUUGAAGAAGUUGUCGCCACCAAGGGUGAAUCUCCUGUGGUCAAAGAUUCAGACAUGCAGACUAGUGCAGGGGAAAGCACUGAGAUAGAGAUCUCUGACACCAGCGCCCUCUCAGGCAAUGAGAAAAGACAGAGCGACGACAUCUCAGGAGAUACAAACGCAGAAAAAACAGCAGAAGAGAGCAAACAGGAGGAGGAACAGGAAAGAGCCAAAUCUGUACAGGAGAAGCUGGCAGAAGCCAUACUGAAGGAGUCCCAGUGCAACUCUGAGCCUGAGCUGAGUGACACCAGCACUGAGGAGUCCACAGAUGAAGGCUCUAAGCAAGACAGCAAAGAUACUAUCACAGAGAAGCUCCACACGUUAACAGAACAUCAGCAAACCACCGUGGGAGAAGUAAAACGUGAGGAAAGUGUCAGUGGGGACGGUGAAGCCUCUCAGAAACAAGAGGAAGAGACUCAUUCUAAAGAACAGGAAGAAGGUGAGAAGCAGCCUCUUGAAAACAUAGAUAGCACUAAAGAUGAGGAGGUCAGCGAGGCUAUGGAGGAUGAAAAGACUUCAGGAGAUGAGGCCACAGCAGAGAAGAACAGAUCAAAGUGUGCGGAGAAUACGAAUGACACCCCACAAUCUAUAAAUAAAGAAACUAAAGCUCAGGAUAGCACGACUGCAGACUCUCUUGAACAAGCAGUAGCUACAGCUAUGGAUGUUGAAGCUGUUACAGAAGAUGACGCAAAGGAGGAGGGAGUUGCAAAAGAAAACCAGAUUGAGAAUGACGAGAAGGGGCAAGGGCCAAAAAGUGACGAAGAGGAUGAGUCAUCAGUAUCAGAGCCAAAUAAAAAGACUGAUGAAACAGCAUCACCAGAUAAUGCAGAGGCGAUGACAGCAAGCGAGACAAUGGAGAUAAAAGCAGAAUCCUCUGAGGAGCGAGAGGCCCUCAGCUGUGAAGAGGCUCCUGCGACUGACGCAGAGGAAGCACAGCAGGCAGAAAGCGAGAACAGGACUGCAGCAUCAGGAGCAGAAGUCACUGCAGAGACUUCGAGCAGCUCGGCAGAGGAGAGCAGAGACACCACAGUUGAGACAGCAGCAGACAAAAAUUUGGAAAAUAUAAAUAAUGCAAUUGGGGAAAAUGCAAAGGAUGAGGAAAGUAAAGAUGAAGCUAAAGAAGAGUCAGAAACAGCAGCUGAUACAGAUGACAGUCAAGGACAGAUGGAGACGGGAGAACAGAAGACCGUAAUACCUGUGGAAAUACAUGAGCAGAAGGAGCAGAAGUCUGAAGCGCAUCAUGAAGACCAGGGACAACAAAGUCAUCUAAAUUUAGAAGAAACAGCAGAAAAUGAAAAUACACUGCAAGGGGGAAAUGGUGAAAAGCAGGAAACUGAAGAGGGUGACUAUGACAAUAAGGCGGAUGAAGAAUACCUGACAGAGGAGACUGAAAAUGUUAUGAAUAUUAACACAAGAGAGGAUAAAGAAGCAGAGGAAACCCUUAAUGAACAUGAUCCAAUCACUAAAGAAGAACCAGGAAAAGCUCAGGAUGACCAGGAGAGUGAAUGUGUUGAGAACAAGGAUGAAAACAAGAAAUCUGAAGCCUUGGAAGCCGAAGAAGACAACCAGGACCAAGACAAAAAUGAGAAAAGUGCAGCUGUUGACAUAAACAAUGAUGCAGAAAAAUAUGACAGAAAUGACAAAGAGAGUAAAAUGGAGCAAGAAGCUUUAGACAAUAAGAAUCCUGAAAGCUGUGAGGACAAAACAGAUGCAGCAGAUAAGACUACAGUAGAAAUGUUAGAGCUUACAGAAGACACAGAUAAAGACAAUGUGAAAAAAUCCAAUGAAAAUAUUCAAUCAGACGAUGUUGGUGGGAGUGACUCAGCAGAGACUGCUCAAUCAAAUGAAAAACCAUCAGAUAAAACAGAGAAAGAAUAUAUUGAGAUAGAAGCUGAGAAAGCCAGUCACAGCAAUGAACACGGACAAAUUGAUGCUGAAAAUGGUGAAAUAUCUGCUGGAGCUGAAAGCAAUGCUCAUUUGCAAGAAGAAGAUAGACAGGAUUUAAAAGCAGAAGCACAGCAAGGCCAGGAAGAAAUAAAAACAGAGGAAUCCACUGAAAGCCAGAGUUCACAUGUGAAAAAAGCACCCACAAGAUCUGAAGAAGGUUCAGAGAAACUUGCAGAGUAUGAAGACGACCAUGCUUCUGGAGGUGAUAUGGUAGAAACGGUAGAAAGUUACAAUAAAGAAGGUGAUGCUGAAAAUCAUGAUGAAUCCAUUAAAGAUGUCUCAGAGCCAGAGACACUGGGUACUGAAAUAAGAAGUAAACCGGAUAAUAGGAAAGGAAAUGAAGGAACUGAGCAGCAUGAAAAUAGCAGGAAGUCCAAUCAUGACAGUGAGAAUGGGGAGUCAGAUUUGACCGAAAAGAACAAUAACAUCAGUGAGGUGAAUACUGUGUCUUCCAGGGCUCAGGAACAAUCUUCAGCCCCCGUGCCUGUUCCUUUAGAUAAUAUCUCUCAUCUGUUAGAUCUUGACAAUAAGGAGUCGAGUGAGAAAUUUGAAUCCAAAGAAGAAAAACUUCCACAUGUGGAUGAAAAUGUGGUCAGCGUUGAUCACUCUGCUACAGAGGGAGAAAACGGAGCAGACACAGAGGAGGCGAGCAAGGCCUCUGAGGAAGGAGCGAGUGUGCUGCUCAAACCUGACGCACAGAACAAUGAGGCCCAUGAUUCAGGACAAGGCGUCACAGCCAUCAAAGGACCCGCCGAGGCCCUGGCAGUGGCCGACAACACCGAUCUGGUGACAAACUGGGUUAACAUGCACCAGUCCUCAAAGUAUUUUGAGACUUUUGUUGAACCCUUAGAAGAUCUGAGGAAGAUUUCAGAUGAUCAAGCAUCCACCUGUAAUAAAGAAGAGACACUGUCAAUCGUCCAUCCCAAAACAGAGACUUCACCCGAGGCGGCAAAGACGCUGAAAGAGGAAGAGAAAGGAUCUGAGUUAAAGGCUGAAAGUGAGUCAGGAGACCGAACCAAAGUGGAAACUGUGGAAGCAGAUCUAGAGAGCAUUCAUGCUGAAGAUAAACCAUGUGAGAGUCACUCUGCCAACAACACGCAGCAGGUGGAAGAAACUGCUGAGGUAAAAAACUUAAUACCAAUAUCAACAACUGAACAAAGUGACACGGAGUCUUCAAACAGGCAGGACACAACAUCUGGAGCACACAAAGCAAGCAGGGUGUCUCUUGAAGAAGACAUGGUUCAAGAUGGACCAACAGAAGGAGAUGGUGAAGUAAACGCUUUUUCAAAGACUGAAGUGGAAAGCAUCACAGCUACAGUCCAGUCUGUGGCCAGUCACAAAGCUGGGAGUGUUUCUGAUAACCAACCUAAUGAGAAAACCAUUAACAAUGGUCCUGACUUCAAUUUAGGUCAAACAGCAACCGAAGAGAUGAAGGAUCCUUCUCUAGAGGAUUUUCACAAUUCAAAGAGCCCAGACAAACUGAAAGAUGCAGCAGAAACAUGGGAGAGUGGUGACGUUCAAAGUCAAGAAAUUACAGAAAUAAGUGAACUGACAGCAUCAAAGCUGGAUGACAGAAGUCAAGAAGACUCCCGCGGGGGAGACACUGACGCCAAGGUGUCAGAUGAAAACAAUGGCAAGGACAGAAACGAGCUGAUCCAAGACAUCAAACACACUCUCAGCAAAGACAGACUCAGUACUUUCCUAGUCGACGAAACCAUGUUUGGCUGUAGUUCAUACCCUUUAUUAACCGCUGCAAGGACUGAGAGUGGACAUUAGAGCUGC